AUGUCCGCGCGCACUGCGCGCGCGUCGAUGUCCUGCGCGCCGUCGACGUCGUCGUCGCCACUCGCUCGCUCGCACGCGACGCACCGCGAGAGAGCGACGCGAGUGAAGAUGCGAGCGUUCCCGGCGUGGAAUCCAUUCAUAAACGUCCCCGAGGACCCGAAUCGCAUGUCCAGCGUCGAUAAGCAGCGAGCCGACGCGAGCGACGGAAUAUUAGGCGCCGACGACGCCGUGCGAUCGAUGCGAGACGCGAACGAGCUGAGGUUGGGGAUAUCGCGACCGGACGCGUACUUUGAGGACAUGGGCGUGCGGUUCGAUUUCGAUGGCUGCGUAAAGCGCGAGAGUCGGGAUUUCGAGGCGUUGAAUCAGCUCUUCGUCAGCGUCGGGUUCAGCGCUCGGGCGAGGGAGAAGUUGGAGAAGGCGGUGGAUAACUCGCACGCGGCGAUAUGGGCGACGACGACGAGGAACAGUCGGUUCGCUCGUGCGGGACAAGUCGUCGGGUUCGCUCGGGCGACGAGCGACGGGACGUUCACUGCGACGAUAUGGGACGUCGCGGUGUCGCCUGCGUGGCAAAGGCACGGCAUCGGUCGAGGGUUGAUGGAGCGUCUGGUCGAACGCGUCUUGGAUGAGGAAAUCUGCAACGUCGGACUCUACUCGGAGGGUCGAGUGGUCAAAAUGUAUGAAACGAUGGGCUUCCGAGAAAAGGUGUUCGACAAACGUGUCGUCGCUAUGCAGUUUAGGUACGACUCAGCGCCGUAUGGAUGA